UUCGUUUUGACAAUUCCACCUGUCACUUAUGAUUGCACGCACGUAAACAUUGAAAAAUAUUGGGAGUUUGCUAGGUUACUAUGUGUUCUUGUGAGAUGCAGUUGGAUUAAGUAAAUCACAGGAUGGCUUCCGAAAUCGAACAAUACAUAGCCAAGAAUUGUACGUGGGAUAAACUCCCCAUUAAUGUUAAACAGUUGCUGGGAAAUUCACAAAAAGAAUAUGAGAAGAACAUCGCCGAAUAUAGCAUCAAAACACAACAGAGGUACCGAGGCAAUCUAGGUCAGACUCGGAAGGUGAAGCACAGCGCUACUUUGAGCAUGCCCUUACAUUGCGCACAUCAGUGACCUUCCUCCGGCACAACCGGGACCUCUGCUCCCCUGGUCAGGAGGUCCCCCAUGCCCUUGACCUGAUCCGAUGGGAGAGCCUGAGUAACCUUGACCCAGCCACCACUGCUCGACUACUGAAGAAAAACUACCAGUUUCUUGUUUCUAUGGCCCCUCUAAGCUAUGAGAUAUCAGCAAUAGAAGGUGAAACGCCUCCCCAUUUUGGUCCUGCUAUUCCUGAGGUUAACUCGAUAUGGUUCAAACUGUUCCUCUAUCAUAUCACAAGCUCUGGUCCUCCAUCGCUGUUAUUACCUAAAGGGGAAAGAUUACGUCGUCUGCCGGAGUGCCUGGUGGGGUACGAGAAAGUUCUGGUCACCCCCUGGGGCCAUGAUCCAACCGUGGUGCCUCUUGCUGCCCUCUUCACCACCGUCAACGAGGCCCUGAUGCAUUCACCUGUGUUCAUCCAGGCUUAUGGAUGGUAUCAUGAUGUUUGUAUUCAGUAUAUUCCAUUUCCCCUAGAAAAUUCAAAAAAGGUAAACCAUCCUGCUGUACAGGCUUUAGCCAAACAGCUAGACCUGCAGCACACAUUUGGGUUUAUUAAACUUGUGGCUUUUCCUGCUGCGGACACUCCUGGUGUCAAUGCGAUGACUGCCGCCGAGAUCACAACAGGGAUGCCCCAAGGGUCAACCAGCACCCCUGGCCGGGCUUUCAUUAACAGCAGCUCAGUGGCGUUAAGUGGAGACCCUACACCUAAUGAUGUGACAGCACCUGAUGCCUCCAAAGAAUUCACGGGCAACCUAAUGGACACUGCAGUACCUGGUGAAGAUUUUGACCCGGCUGGGUCCUCCAUUCCUCAAGUUAUUAGUUUUGAUGAUGUGGCAAGCAUUGUGCAUGAGAGGAGUGAGGGGCAGGAUCCUCGAAGUGGCAGAGAGGGCAUGACAUUGCCUCUAGGUGGUCCAGCUGUUGAUCAGUGGCAUCUGCUGGAGUGCCACUUUGGCUUGCCAUUGUUUGAUGCUUCUCUCAACCAGCAAGUCUCCCAGAAGAUCAUCUCACAUCAGCUUUUUAGUUCAGAGAGCAUUGAAAAAUUCAGCGAAUCCAACACCAAAUUAAUUCACAGCUUAAGGAACUUUAUCAGUGGAAAUAAGGCACAAGGUGUAUGUACAGAGGUGCAGCAGAGGGGAGGCUGCCGAGAAGGUGCUUCCAACUUGCCCCUACCCACCACGCCUCUGCUCUUCUGUGGAGGUUCUUUAGCCCCUUGGGAGGGCUCCUGAUAAUAAAGAUGCAAGAGGAAUUAGCACAUUUGGAGAUAAGUAUGUAUGAGUUUGUGUGGAAAAUAUGUGUGAUUAGAAGCAGGUUUGCCUGGAUUAUGUGAAUAACUUAAUGUAUUUAUGAAAGGGCAUAAUACCUAACUAAGGCCAAGUGUGAUAAGUGGAGAUUGUAUAUAAAUGAGUCAUUUGACAGUAUGUGUAAUGAAAUUACUGCGACUACAAGGUAGAAAUCUAUAUUUUUCUCCCCUUGGGCUAUAUACUAUAAUGCAUCAUGUAAACCUGCAACUUAGAUUCUAAUAAAGAUGUAAAAGUUCUUA